AGAGAAAUAGAGGGGACCUCCUUCUUCUUUGUUUUGUUUCGUUUCUCUCUUUAUUUGACUGGGGUUCAAUUUCUCAUUGGAAUCAAAACCAUGGAUUCCUCCAAGUUCUUUUCUAUUAUUUUGUUCUUCUUCCUUUCAUGGGCUCUCCAGGGUUUCUCAAAUGAUACUCAAGAUCUGACAAGAGGUCUGGACAGUUUGGCUAAAGGGCUUACGGGCAUUUCACCACAGGGACCUCAGACGAGGGUUGCAGCAGCUGCCGAUGCCGAUGCAGCGCCAUGCUUGCAAAAGCUAAUUCCUUGCCAGCCCUUCAUGCAUUCUCCUUCACCUCCUGCCACAUGCUGCUCGCCAUUGACGGACGUUUUCACGCACGACAGCCAGUGCCUCUGCAAGGUCUUCAAUAAUCCGGAAAUCUUGAAGGGUUUCAACCUCACCCUGGAUGAAGCAAUGAAACUCCCCAAGGCUUGUGGCAUUGAUGUUGAUGUAUCUGUUUGCAAGAAAGCAACCGCACCCAGUGCCUCGACAACAAAUCCAUCCCCCCCUUCAAAUUCAGGUUCUUCACCUGGCAGUCCAAGUGAUUCAAGCAAAUCUUCAAGCAAUGGAGCCGUCAGGAUUACUCAUACUGCUGCCUUUUGGUUCAUUGCUUCUGUUGCGGCUUUAAUGUUUUCAGCAGUUUAAGCUUUGUUUGAUAGCUAGGCCAGAUAUGUGAAAAUUGGUUUUAGAAGCGAAGAAAGAGAAAGGAAAGUUUGUUGCUCCCUUGGUUGGAAAUUGGAAGGCAAUUAUAGAAUUACCUCCCAGCUUUAAUUAAUUGCUUUUACCAGAUA